UCGGCCGCAUUGCGCACAUGUGUUGUCAAUUACCUAAACGCCCGUUAGGGUGCACAGGUAGCAUCCGUCGCCAGGUAGACGGUGGGAUUUUCCGAUCAAUUGUUCAAUGAACGCAACAUAAAACCGGCCGAAUGCUGCCCAAAGACAUUUAGAAGCCAAGCCAACGUCAGCCAGUCAAGUCCAGCAUGUUCACGUCCAGAAGCUCAGCAAACGCCGCACCGCGCACCAUUUGCAUCACCUGCAUCAUUCUGCUGCUCGCGCUGGGCGCCGCCGCCGGCCACGUGCUCCGGGAGCGACUGACGCUGCCCCAACAGGUGCGCAUCUGGCAGUGUCGCCAGCGCUGCUAUCAGCAGACGCUGGUGCAGCCGGUGUCGCCGGCACUGUGCCACGCCCGGCCGGAUUGCUAUAUGUGCCACGACUAUUGCCGCGUUCUGGUCGUCGCCGAAUGGAGCCUGGCCAGAUCCAUGUGUGCGGAUCGCAUCUUCUGCAGCCGCGGCUGUCGCACCGCCUGCCAGUACCAUCAGCUGCACACGGCCAAUGCGGCGCCAUUUGCCAAUGCCCUCAGCAAGGCUGAAAUGCGCCGCUGUGCGACGUGGAGCUGCACAGCGCCCGGGGCCAUCCAGGCAGGCAGAAACCCAGCCAGGCCAGAAGCCCAGGCGAAGGCUGAGCUGAGCCACAGUCCAAGCUCCGUUGUCGUCAGGCCUCAGAGUCAGAGACAGCCACAACUGGAGACGGACUGUGUACUGUGGCUGGGCCUGGGCUUGGGCAGCCCCGGCACGUAA